GGUGGAAUAAGUGAGGACGAAUUAACUCGAAGAAUCGGAUCCCAUUUCCUUCUCCUGCCGCUUUCGCUUUCGUUCUGGAACUUUAGGGUUUGGGACGCAGUCACGAAUCGGAGUUGAUUCGUCUCUUCGGUUUUGGUCGAGUUUGGUUCUGUGAUCGAUCUGAGAUUGAUCCUCGUCUUUGCGGCCAAGGAUUUUAGGGUUCCUUGACCUGUUGUCGGGAAUCGAUGAACGACCCGUCGUAUAUGAUGAACCGUGGCUUCGGGAUCUGGCCGGCGCCGCCGCCCCUGGCGGAGGAUCCUAUGGGGUUUCCGAACCCCGCUCGGCCUCCCCCGCGCUUUGCCGUCGGCGGUCCACCCAAGUUGGGUCGGAUGAACUGGAAGGGUAAGAAAGCUGCCGGCAUGCGGAAGAACGCGGCGUCCGGUGGGGCGGGAGGGGGGCCCGUGGGUGGCGGAAUGGUCCCGCUUGGCGGUGGCGUCUCCGGUUACAAGCCGCCGACCCUCCACGAGCUCCAGUACCAGAACCGCGUCAAGGCGCGCAGGUUCUACCCGAAGAAGAAGUUCGCUCGCUUCGCCCCCUUUGCCCCCCGGAACACGACCUCUUUCAUCAUCCGCGCCAAGAAAUCAGGCGGGAUCGCGCCGCUGGUCUCGCCGUACCCGGUGACGCCAGCGGUCCUCCCGACCCCCAAGCUCUCCCCGACGCGCGAGGACCUCGCUGACAUGGUCAAGGAGGAGUGGGGCGUCGACGGUUACGGGUCGAUGAAGGGCCUGAUCCGGCUCCGAUCGCCUACCUGCCACGAUACGCGGCCCUCCGCCGCUGCCGGCGGGGAGGAGGACGACGAGGACGAGGAGGGGUCGGGCGAGAGCGAUGUGGAGGAGCACCUGGAGGUGGAGCGGCGGUUGGACCACGACGUGAGCCGGUUCGAGAUGGUGUACCCCGGGGAAGAGGAUCACGACCUGGAAACCGACUCCGGGUCCGACCUGCUCGUUAGCAGGGUGGACGACCAGGACGCUCACAUUGCACAGCUCGAGGAGGAGAACCUGACGCUAAAAGAGAGGCUUUUCCUGAUGGAGACGGAGAUGGCGGAGCUCAGGCGGAGGCUGCACCUGCUCGAGGCUCGAAUCAUCGGGAGGGAAGAUAACAAAGACGACGAUAACAACAACAACAACAACAACAAGAACGCCAUCAACAGCGGAAAGCCCAUCGAGGUGGUGGUGCCGGAGAACGAAGAGGACGGGGCGGAGCUCUCCGACGAUAGCAGCGGAGCUCCGAUGUUGGAGUGAGAUGAGGCGGAUUCAGAGCACAGGCAGCGUCAGGUAGAGUCGAAGAGGUUUCAAGCAGCCACCUGUGACUGACCAGAAAACUACCUUAUAGAAAAGGCAAAAUUACGCAUUUAUCUCUGUAUGUUUUCUUAUAAAUUUAAUUUUAAUAUGUAUAUCGGUCGAAUGGAUAUUAUUGGGAACGACAUAUGUGAAUGUUUAAACA